AUGCCGGCUUUGUGUGAGAGACAUGAGGGUACGGUAUCGUUUGUGAUAGCUCGAGGCUUCAAGGGUCUUUCAUGUGUAUGUCAGCCAGGAUUCAGGAUGGUUUCUAAUAAUGGUGGGCCAUCUGUUACUUGUGAAAAAUGCCCAGAAAACAUGAGUGGAGUUACUAAAGAUGGGUGGAAUUGUAUUACUUGUCCGAAAGGCCUAACUUCAGAAGGAAAAUGCAGAUGCCUUAAUAAUGAAAUAUUAGUGGAAAGAAGUAUAGAUGGCAUUUUGCUAAAUGAAGCCUUAUGUGUACAGUGUAAUGGAAGUGAGCACUCAUUCUCUGCUUCAGAUGCCUUAGGAAAUAGGUGUGUAAGAUGUGAACAAACAUUCAUAAAUGCCAGCAAGUCUUGUGAUUGCAGCAGCCCUAAUAUUUUAACUGGGGGAUUAUGUUUCAGUGCUAGUGAAAACUUGCCCCCAAAGGAAAUUUCAACUGUUCGUUUUGGACAGAUAGGUGUAACACUGAUAUCAGCAUGGUUUCUGAAAAACCUACAAGCCUCAGCCUCUGCCUGUUGGUUGUACUCCAAUCUAACAGCAUGCCAAGCUCUUGCAAAUAUGUGUGUGAUGAAUAUGAACUCAUUAAGUUCUUCAAAUACUGAUGCCUGUGGUUUGUUUCAGUAUAUUUAUGCCAACACAGCAAGGCUAGGCAUUGUUCAUUCAAUAUCCUUCUGGAGACAUAAUCUGCCAUGGCUGUAUUAUGGUGACCAGCCAGGAUUAGCAUCUCAGGUGCUCGAGACAACACAUUUUCCUACACGGUUCAGUUUUAAAGGAACAAGUAAGGAUAUAAAACUUCAAUUUAUUGCAGCCUCAUUUGAUGCAGAAGGAAACUUUCUUAAGUGGCAGAGUUUGGAAGGAGGAGCCUUACAG